AUGGAGGACGAUUUAGCGUGUGAGUUAUUUCUUGAAGCUGAUAAGCUUUUGAAUGGUAGUAUUUACUUACAGAAGGCAAUUAACAAAUCCCCAGAAUACCGUGAAUAUUGCCCCAAUAAUAAACAAUGCUCGACUAGGGCUGAGAGUAUUGGUGCAUUGAGCGUGUAUUUAUUUACGAAUUUUUACAAUAAAGAAAGCGGUUAUUAUGAACAUUUUAUUAUGUGGUUAGCUCAUACUUUAUUUAAGAUAGCCAAAAAAAGAAACAAUGAAAAUGCCCAUAAUAUUACUUUAAGUUCGGCUUAUGACAAAUAUUUAGAUAAAUCUAUGGGUCAUCUUAGACAAUGGGAUAUUUUAAAUGAUGUAAGGGGUGGGAAAGAUCCUAAUCUUAAGCACAUGAGUGAAUUGUAUACGUUACUUAAUCAUAUAUGUAAUACAAUUGCAGAUUAUAAAAAAUACGGUGCCACGAGUAGGAAGCUUCAUAAAAAUUCUGUAAAUUGUCUUAAUCAAUAUAGAAAUCUUUACAGAGCGUUUUCUGGGAAUGCUUCAUAUUUAUCUCUAUUGGAAAAAUUAAAAAAAAUAUAUGACGACUUUAGAACUGCUGCUAUUAAGAAUGAUAUUGGUAAAAAAAAUAAUAUAGAAAGUCGUCUUCUAGAACUUACAGCAAUUAAAAAAAAAGAAUCACAUUCUACGAAAAAUUUUAAAACAUUAGACUCCAAUGGUCCAGAGGAUCAAUUGGAAGAUGAGAAGGACCCCGAAAUUCCAAAGGAAAAGAGCACUCAAGAGGAGCGAACAUAUCAUAAAAACGAAGGGAAAAAUACUGAACAAAGCAUCAAACUACAAAAUACAGUGGUUCAAACAUCAAACCAAAGAGAUAAACCAUCAGUUUCAGAAGGUGAAUCAAAAAUUUCAGGAAAUGAACAAGAACAUAGUGAAAAAUCCCAAGGAUUGUCUAUAGAUCCAACCAAAGAAAAUUUAUUACUGAAAACAAAAGAUCAAACACUACAACAAGAACUACAUCCAAUACAACCAAAACUACAGCUAGAAUCACACAAUAAAGAGAAUGAGACACUACAGAAAGCACUAUCUGAAAUAAAACCACAAUCACCACCAGAAGCAGCAGCAGCAACAACAACAACACCAUCACCAUCGACAGCAGCAACAACAACACCAUCACCAUCAACAGCAACAACAACGCCUAUAAUACCAUCAACAGAAGUGUCAUCACAACAUCCACACCAUCAGCAACCGAAACCACCACAACAAGUACAAAUAAAUCAAGUAAUACAUGAACCAAUACAACCACAACAUACAAUGAAAAAUGGAAUCGAUUCAUAUUUUAUAUUAAACCCUGACGAAUCUAACCCCAAUGGUUCAAAGGAUCAAUUGAAACAUGAGAAGAAACCCGAAAUUCCAAAGGAAAACAGCAUUCAAGAGGUAGAAAAAUAUCCUAAAACCAAUGAGAAUGAUAAUGAACAAAACACCAAUCUACAAAAUUCAGUGGAUCAAACAUCGAUUCAAACAAAAGAAUCAUCAGUUUCAGGAAGUGCAUUAAAAUUUUCAGAAAAAGACACAGAAAAUAAUGGAAAAUCCCAAGAAAGCUCUAUAGAAGAAUCACAAAAAGAAAAUUUAAUACCGAAAGAUCAAGAACAACCUCCAAUAAAAUCACAAUCAGAUCCACAGGCAGAAUCACAAGAUAAAGAGCAUGUGACACAACCUGCAUCUACACAAGAAAAAUCAUUGACGAGCUAUGAAACCAUAAAAAAAAUAACAGAAAAUGGAUUUUUAUAUGAUUUCUAUAAACUGCAGAUUUCAUCUUUUUAUAAAAACCUUACUGAUUAUGGAAAUCGUUUAUAUGAAAGUGCAUCGACUAGCUUAACAAAAGGUUAUUCUGCAUUUAAUAAUUUUGCUAAUGAUUUAAUUACUCAACCAAAUAAAAUAAAUGUUACAUCUCAAUCAGUUGAUAAUAGCAUUCAACCAAAAGGUUCGGGAAGUGAUAUACCUCCCUCUGAUAAUCCACCAGAAAAGCCCUCAUCUUCACCGACAGAAUUUAUUGACAAAAAAACUAAAGAUGAAAGACAUGAAAAAAAACAUGAAGGUGAAAAACAAGAAAAUAAAUCUGAAGGUCAAGAUCAAGUAAGUGAAGCUGAAAGUAAAGGGCAAAUAAGUGAAACUGAAGGUGGAACCCAAGAAGAAAAUCCUGAAGAUGGAAUCCACGAAACAAAUCCUGAAGAUGAAAGUCACGAAACAAAUUUUGAAGGGGAAAACCAAGAAAAAGAACCUGAAUAUAAAGGCAAAAUAAGUGAAAAUGAAGAACCAAUACAAAUUUCAACUCCUAAAGAAUCCUCAGAGGUUUUUAUCAAUAUAACAUCUAAUCAAGAAAUUGGACAACUUCCUUCUGAAAUCAAGGUACAAAGAGACAUAUCUGAAAUAAAGGUACAAAAUGGCAUAUUUGGAAAAGGAUUUCCAGUAAAUUUAUUUAAAGAAAGCAAAUUAAUUUUAUAUUCAUUUAUAGUUAUUGCAAUACUCGUUAUGUUAGCAAUUAUGUAUAAGUGUUUAGGAUUUGGUCGGAGAAAAAAGGAGAAAAAAAAAAAAAAAAUGAAAAAGGUCAGAAAAUUGUGUGAUGAAAAUAAUACCGAAAAGAACCAAUGCAAUAAUUAUAAAUUGAGGUGA